UGGAUGUAGUGUUGUGUUGUCACAACGUGCUUAUUUGCCCCUAACGGAAAUAGAUCCAAUUGGCUUUAAUACGGUAAAUGCGUCGUAUACAAACCACAAGAACUUUUCUUGGAGCAACUAACUCUCCUACUUUGACUUUGUACAAACAGUGUUCAUAAUACAUAGAGAGAAAAACUCUGUACAUCAGGAUCAGAGUCACACAAAUCUCUUGCCCACACAAAGAUGGCCAUUCGACUUGAAAUACCAGUCUUUGGAGCUGCUGCCGCUUCCCAGGCAAUCGAACUGGGAGCGUCGCGCAUUGAGCUGAACGCCGCGGGCUCCUAUCCAGACGGGGGACUAACGCCGUCACUUGAGGAUCUACGGAGCGUGGCGCAUGUCAAUGUCCCCGUGCGCAUCAUGAUCCGGCCCCGAGGCCCCUUACCUGGACUGCAGACGCGAGACUUCAUCUACUCCGAUGAGGAAGUUGCGCAGAUGGAGGCUGCCAUCUUGACAUUCAAAGAGACGGGCUUACUCAACCAACGUCGUGGCGAUGGCUUUGUGUUUGGGAUCUUAAAGGAGGAGGAGCCCACGCCCGACAGCAGCAGCGAGGCUGGCACUUCCACUCGGAGAUGCAGGGUGGACAAGGAACGAUGCGCUCGUCUUAUCGACGCGUCCUACCCUUUCAAGACGGUCUUCCACCGAGCCUUUGACGAGGUAGUCAGUUGCGACGGUGACGAUGAGCUUCAGUCCUGGGAAGCAGGUUUCAAUGAUAUCGCGAGAGUCAGUUUUGACGGGGUGCUCACGUCUGGCGGGCUCGGACGCGCUGCCCAGAACGUGGGUAUGCUGGAGCGGAUUAUCGCAAAGGCGAAAGUGCGCGGCCUGGAAAUUAUCGUGGGGGGUGGUGUUAGGAGGCAGAACGUUGGCGAUCUUGUCCAGCGGCUCGGAUUGAGAGACCGGAGCAGAUCGCUGCAUGUGGUUGUCCAUUCGGCCUGUCUUGCAAGUGCAGAGUCGGAGGCUAUUGAUGCGGAAGAAGUCGCUGCGAUAGUUUCGCAGUUGAUAUGAAAAAUACAGUAUCUACAGUAUAAACAUCGACAACUUCAUACUAUGUACCUCUCUAGGUCGAUUGUGAUAAGUAA